AUGUUAGUGCCAAUAUGGCUGCUUUUCUUUUUCUCUCCAUGGUGCCAAGCAGUCGACCUGACGUAUUCUAUCGAAGAAGGGAAAAGUCCAAGCACAUAUAUUGGAAAUGUUGCUCUUGAUUCACACCUGCUGGACGGCGUCCUACCAGAGGACCAGAAACUUCUCCGCUUUAGCCAGAUGGAACAUGGUUUGACCGGCAAUACCCUACUGUUUCGUGUGGGUAAAAAUUCUGGAAAACUGUACACUGCGCAGAUACUGGACGCUGAAGUCUUGUGCGUACGCAACAAAGAAUGUUUUAGAAUGGUUGAUAUAGCAGUGCGUCGGCGAGAAUCUUUUGUCAAGAUUUUAGAAGUAAAAGUAAUAAUAAAAGACAUUAAUGACAACAGGCCUGAAUUUCCGGAAGAGAGGGUUCAGAUUGAAUUCUCUGAGGAAUCCCUGAAAGGUGCCAGAAGAUCCAUCCCGAAUGCCAUUGAUCAUGAUAUUAGUCCUUUAAACUCGCAGAUCACGUAUCAGUUAAAAAAAGGCGGCGACGAACCUUUUAUGUUAUCAGUUUUAAAAAGCGUCGACGGGAUAUCUAAACUGAGUAUUGUCUUAGAAGAAAGGCUGAACCGCGAAGUCCAAGACUCCUACGUGCUUCAAGUGAUUGCCAAAGAUGGCGGCACUCCACCAAAGAAAAGUGUUUUGCAUGUCCUUAUUUUAGUUGCAGACGUUAACGACAACACACCUGUAUUCUCACGCAAUACAUAUAACGUAUCUAUUAAAUAUGAACAUGACAUUGCUACGCCAGUGGCUGUUUUGACGGCAAAAGAUUUGGAUUCAGGGAAGAAUGGUGAAAUUUGCUACCAUUUCAGCUCGCAGACAUCGGCUGUAGCUCAGUCUCACUUUGAACUUAACGAACAAACUGGCGAAAUCUUUUUAAGCAGCAAACUCUCCAGUGGUCACGAGUUUAAAUAUGAAUUGUACGUUGUAGCGAUGGACGGAGGUGACCCACCUUUAAGUUCGACAGCCAAGGUCCUUGUCAAUGUUAUCAACCAGCAGAACAAUCCGCCCAUUAUUGAUGUGAACUUUGUGUCUGCAUCAACCUCUGUAGGAAACACGGCCACCAUUUCCGAAGAUAUUGCAGUUGGCAGUUUUAUUGCCUACGUAAAGGUUACUGACAACGAUGCUGGACCAAAUGGAGAUGUCAUAUGUGAACUCCAUCAUGACAAAUUCUUACUUCAAAGCAUUGGUGUCAAAAAAUAUAAAGUUACCAUAAAGAAUCCACUGGACCGAGAAACUUUAGACCAUUAUAAACUCACAAUCAGUUGUCAAGACAGGGGAAUGCCCGUUCUUCACAGUUCUAACACUUUUUCCAUUCAAGUGAUCGACGUCAAUGAUAUAAGGCCGCAGUUUUCUCGCGAUACUUUCAAGUUCUCUGUCUACGAAAACCAAAACUCGAAAUUUCCAGUUGGAAUUAUCAAUGCUACUGACCCUGACCUCGGUGUCGGAGGUAAACUUACCUAUUCUUUAGUGACAACUGAUAAGCAGUUUUUGCCUUUCCAGAUAGGUGCAAAUGGAUCGAUUUUCACCGUUAUGUCACUUGACCAUGAAUUUCAAGACGUUUACGAAUUUCAAGUUUUAGUUAAGGACAACGGUCUGCCACCCUUAAACAACACAGUAAAUGUCUUAAUUGAGGUGAGGGAUGAAAAUGACAAUGCCCCCUAUUUUACAUUCCCCAGUGUCAACCCUUAUACGCUCGACGUUGUUUAUUACACUUAUCGUACGAGCAACAUCACAGUUCUUAAAGCAACCGAUAGUGACAGCCGAGAGAAUGCAUUUCUGAAAUAUGAAAUAAGUGGAGGAAACGACAAGCAGCUGUUUACUAUAAACCAUUAUUCGGGCCUGUUGUCUUUCACUCAUGUUAUAACACGACAAGAUGCCGGCGCAUAUGACGUACAAUUUACUGUCAAAGAUAGCGGAAAUCCAGUUCUUUCGGCAACCACCAACAUAACUUUAGUACUGACAGUCAGUAACAAAUCAUUUGAAAUGUUAAAUGCUGUACACAAACAGAUCGAAGACCAGAUCCAUCUUUAUUUACUAAUUGCAAUCGUCCUGGUGGCCGUCAUCGUAUCGGUGCCACUGACAGCAGCCGUGUCAAUGUGCAUCAUCCGGUGCAAAGAUCGGGGUUGCCUAGCACGGCGCGGGAGAGUGACCACUUCUAGUAGUCAGCUCAGUGAGCAACGAAAUCUUAUGUUCUCGUCGCAUGAGACGUCAUGGUCUGAUAUGGCUCUGGCUAGAAAGGACGCGGACACACUUCACAGCUCUGAGGCAAACAGAUCGACAAAAAGUCUCUGUUCAGGUGAUAAAACAGAAGCAAGACGGAAAACUGCCUCGGGGAACAAAAGUCAGAAGGGACAGGAUGUCAUAUAUCAGUCGUACAUUUACCACUGCUUUUACCUCAUAUUUUCUUUCUCUUUUUGUAUUUCUUUCUCUUCUUCAUUUGCUUUCUUGUCUUGCAUUUCUAUCUCUCCUUUCAUUUCUUUUUCUUUGUCUUUUACUCGUUCUUUUUCUUCUUUCUUUUCUGUUUCCUCUACUCUCCUCCCAUCUGCAUCCACUACGAUCCCAUCCAUUCUUUGUAUAAUUCAAUUUCCCAUUGCAUAUCAUUUUUUUUAG